AUGUCGAAUUCGUCGACGAUGCGUGUGAAACUCACUCGCCGGUUUGUACGACAGGGACACAGGUUAGCCAAGCUGUCGGAAGGGCAGCUCGUCGACGGCAAGCUGGAGUGCCUCUACCAUGGCUGGCAGUUCGACGGCGAGGGCAAGUGCGUCAAGAUCCCACAGCUGCCUGAGGGCGCCAAGAUCCCGCGGAACGCGUGCGCGCGCAACUACGAGGUGCGGGACUCGCAGGGGGUGGUGUGGGUGUGGAUGUCGCCGGCGACCCCGCCGGACGCCAAGAAGCUGCCGUGGUUCGAGCCGUACGCGCGGCCGGGGUUCACGGACCUGUCGACGGUGCACGAGCUCCCCUACGACCACUCCAUCCUGCUGGAGAACCUAAUGGACCCGGCGCACGUGCCCAUCUCGCACGACCGCACCGACUGGACGGCCAAGCGGGAGGACGCGCAGCCGCUGGCCUUCGAGGUCGCCGAGCGCACCGCCCGGGGCUUCGCCGGCCACUGGUGGCGCGAGCGCGCGCCGCACCUCCGCAACCUGCUCCGCUUCGAGGCGCCCUGCGUGCUCACCAACACGCUCGAGUUCGUGGACAAGGACGGCAGGGAGCAGUGCUUCUCGGCGCAGUUCCUCUGCCGGCCGGCGGGGCAGGGCAAGUCGAUGCUGCUCGUCCGGUUCGGGUCGACGGCGAGGUCGCCGCUGCUGAGGGUGCUGCCCAAGUGGUACUUCCACCAGAACGCGUGCAAGGUGUUCGAGCAGGACAUGGGGUUCCUGUCGUCGCAGAACGAGGUGCUGCUCCGGGAGAAGGUGCCCACCAAGGAGCUCUACCUCAACCUCCGAUCGUCGGACACCUGGGUGGCCGAGUACCGGCGGUGGAUGGACAGGGCGGGGCACGGCAUGCCAUACUACUUCGGCCACAGCACCAUCUCGCCGCCGCCCGUGCCGGCCGUGGUCGAGCAGGCGCCGGCGGGGGCCGCCGCGGGCAUCUCCGCGUCCUUCCCGGCCAAGGGCGGCUUCGGCACGCAGCACGCGCCCAACCCGACCAGCAGGUACUUCCGGCACGUCGUGCACUGCAAGGGGUGCAGGGACACCGUCAACAGGUACACCGCCCUGAAGAAGGCCUUCGUCGUGCUCGCCGCCGUGGCCGCCGCCGCGGCCGUCUUGGCGGCGACGAGGCAGUGGAAGGCCAUCUUGCUGGGCGCCGCCGCCGUGCUCGCCGCGGCGUCGUAUGCGUGCGGUUCCGUGGUUUCUUUGAUCACAACCAACUUCAUUAGGACACACAGAAGAUUGUAA